GGAGCGGAAAACUCUCCUUGCUACAUGGUUCCCUUUCUCUCCCCCCUCUAUUUACUCUCCCACUUCUCAUUUGCCAGAACCAGAACUCUGGCAACCGACUAGAUCAUUGUAUCUUUUUGGCCAAGAAGUGGAAUACGGAUAGACAGAUUGGUGAAUGACAGAUAGGUGAGGAUGAUACAGUGACUGAAGGGGUAGGUGAAAGGGGACCACAGCUGUCACUCUUCGUGCUUCAAGUACAGCAAAGACUUUCCUUCAACUGUUUUUUUUAAACAUUUUCACUUAUUUGUGUUUUGUUUGUGGUUUUAUAAUGGAUUAACAGCAGUCUAAAGGCAUUUUUUGAGUAAUGUCAGACGGUUUGGCUCCAGUUCCGACCUCAGACUCUGACAGGCGGACGCUGACAGGCUUACAUGGAGUGCGGCUGAGCAGAGGGAGGAGGGAGACGGUGCUUAAGUGCUGCGCACAUAAAAGAUGCACCUUCUCAGAGCAGUUCAACUCUGAUGGAUUUCGCAAGAGAGACAGGGAAGGAGCCACACAUGAUGUGUCACAGAUUCUUUGAUAUCAAUCCAAUCUUCAAGGAUCUGGGACGUCUCGAAUCCUUCCAGGGACUUUGAGUCACAUCCUCAAAGUACACACACGCUAUAGACAGAUGAACGGACUAAUGAAGAGGAGUCACUCGGGACAUUUUCAGAGUAUAAACUUUGCCACUCAGGAUGUAGUGUUAGAAAAUUACAGACAUCCACGUUAAAUUUAGAUCAGAGCACCAGAUCAGCCUCUUCUGUAUGUCCAGGGCUGAAGACGUCAGCCUUCCUUCAGAGCUGCUCGGCGAUGCAUUUGUCACCUAACAGUGACCAGAAAGACACAACAAUAUCCAAGACAUAAGAUACUCUGAAAACACUAAUAGGAUCUGAAAAGUUUCAGAUUAAUCUGGGGAAACUUCUCCUUUAAUGGGAUUGAGAAGACCUAAACAAUACCAGAACUGAGUUUAGGUUAGAGUUAUAGCCAGGAGACACAUUUACAACUUUUUACUGAUUAACAUGAAAUCAUUUUUUUUAUUUACCUGAUGUAGAGGCAAACUUUCUGAAAGAAGCACAAGGUUGAUAGUGACUGUUUGUGUCAAAGAUCUGACCACCAUGAUGGAGAAAGCAAGACAAUCUGUUUCACCUGCCUCCCCUCUGGACGUACCUCGUCCCACCUCCUCCUCCUCCCCGUUAUCUUCCACGUCUUCACCCUCCUGUGCUUCUGUGGAGCCCCACAGUCCCACCGGGUCCUUGGAUCCCUUUAGAAGCCCACACACAGUAAAUGAAAGCAGGGUAAUAGAACAUAUGAGCGUCUCUGCUGCAGCCAGCACUCGGUCUCCCAUCAUCCUUACAACAGUGUUAACCAGUCACCAAGCAGGUGCACAUGAUCCAGCUGAGUCUACCGUUAGGGGGAUGGAGCAAGGCGACCAGGUGGGGAAACUGGAGGAAUCGGGGAACAAAGGCUGCAAUGCUGCUGGUUCAAAGGAGGGGUCUCCGACUCUCUCUUCUCCACCCCCACUCCUCCCGGCUCCAGCCAAGACUUCGCCGUGCCCAGUGCCGACCUCCGCUUCCACCACAGCCAUCUCCUCAUCAUCCUCACUCUCUCAUCUUCCUCCUAACAUUCCAGUCAUCAGCCUGGGUCACAGCAAGCCUCCUCUACCUCUCCCCAAUACCCCUUUGACUGCCCUGCACCCGAUUCCCAGCCUCAUCCACGGACCCCAUGGGGACAUCCGGCGCAGCCAGCAGAGCUGUUUAACCGUGGUCGGUCCUGGAGCUUUGGGAUUAUCUGGAGGCCCCUCUACUGGUCCCCCUGGGCCCCUCUUGGCUCAGCAAUACCUGCCUGCUCACACAUUUCUCACCAGCUCCUAUCUAGGAACCUCAGGAGGAACCUAUGGCAUCAACAACAGCAUCCGCAUUAAGAGGAGGCCUUCAUCUCAUUAUGAGAUGGAGAUCAACGAAUGCCCUCCUCAGAAACUUGCCCGUCGGGUGUUCACUAACAGCCGUGAGCGUUGGCGGCAGCAGAAUGUGAACGGAGCUUUCUCUGAGCUCAGAAAACUUAUUCCUACUCACCCGCCUGACAAGAAGCUCAGCAAGAAUGAGAUCCUGCGUCUGGCCGUGAAGUAUAUCAACUUCCUAGUCACACUGCUCAACGACCAGGCCCAGGACAAGAGCAGGGAGGAAGACAAAGCGGGGGAUGGCAGCAGUACUCCUGGGUUGGACGGUAACGGUCAGAGGACUUGUUUUCUGAUUAACACACCACCUGAGACAGCCCAUCCUGCUGCUGUGGCAAAAGCCCACAGAGAUUCAAGUGACUCAAUCAUCGCAUUGGCAAACUCUCCGGCGACGUCAAGCUGCUAUGGAGACACGGACAGCGAUGAGAGCUUUGGGGCUAAGACCUCUUUGGUAACACACAGUAUUCUGGGAAAGGUAAAAGGCCAGAUGAGGAUGGUUGCUGCCACAAAUGAUGAACGGUGACUAAGAAGGACAGCUAAGAAAUACCUCCACAAGCUCUGGCAAGGAAAAAGUAUUUGAAAAAUCAGAAGCUACCAAUGAUAUUAGAACUGUGAGUGUUUUUUUUUACUUGUUUUUGUGGUUUUUUUUGCUUCAAAUCAUCCAGUGUUUUUUAAUCCUCUCCUAACUAGAGUGAAUAAAAUGUGAAUUAUGA